AUGGGAGAAUGGACCAUUUUAGAGCGCCUCCUGGAGGCCGCCGUGCAACAGCACUCUACUAUGAUCGGAAGGAUCCUGUUGACGGUGGUGGUGAUCUUCCGAAUCCUUAUCGUGGCCAUCGUCGGAGAGACCGUUUACGAGGACGAGCAGACCAUGUUCAUUUGCAACACCCUCCAGCCCGGAUGCAACCAGGCCUGCUAUGACAAAGCCUUCCCCAUCUCUCACAUCCGUUACUGGGUCUUUCAAAUCAUCCUCGUAUGCACCCCUAGUUUAUGCUUCAUUACGUAUUCGGUUCACCAGUCGGCCAAACAAAAGGAUCGGCGCUACUCCUUCCUCUAUCCAAUCAUGGAGAGAGACUACGGCAGAGACGGGCCGAGGAAGCUGCGCAACAUUAAUGGAAUUUUGGUUCAGCACGGUGGAGAUGGCGGAGGUGGAAAAGAGGAACCAGAUUGCUUGGAGGUGAAAGAAAUUCCCAACGCACCAAGAGGCCUCACCCACGGGAAGAGCUCCAAAGUCAGGCGACAAGAAGGGAUAUCACGUUUCUACAUUAUCCAAGUUGUGUUCAGGAACGCGCUCGAAAUCGGAUUUUUGGCCGGGCAGUACUUCCUGUACGGCUUCAGCGUACCCGGGAUCUUCGAAUGCGACCGUUACCCCUGUCUCAAAGAGGUGGAGUGCUACGUUUCCAGACCGACGGAAAAAACGGUAUUCCUGGUGUUCAUGUUUGCGGUGAGCGGGAUUUGCGUGGUGCUCAACUUGGCCGAGCUGAACCAUUUGGGAUGGAGGAAGAUUAAGGCGGCGAUUCGGGGCGUCCAGGCGAGGAGGAAGUCCAUUUGCGAAAUCAGGAAGAAAGAUAUGGCUCACUUAUCCCAACCACCCAAUUUAGGUCGUACGCAAUCAAGCGAAUCAGCUUAUGUCUGA